AAAAACUAUUGUAAAUAUCAAAUAGUACAGUUUCAAACGAGGAAUUUUGCAAAUUUCCAACAAAUUUUUUCAAAACAGAACAGAAUUAAAAAAGAGUUUUUGUUAAGAAGUUUUAGGCCUGAAUGAGUCAUAAUACUUGUGUUUGAAGACACUUCUGUCACAUUAAUUUACUACUUUUCUUCCCCCUCCCCUCCCAGGUACCAAGGAAACAAACACCUUCAUUAUGGCCACAGUGACACCCACCCAUUUAUGACCAAGGAAUCUUCUUAAGCUGUGUGACAAGGUGUGUGAGUUGCUGUUGGAGGAGUCCAAUGUACAACCUGUUCAGACACCUGUGACUGUCUGUGGAGACAUCCAUGGUCAGUUUUAUGAUUUAAUGGAACUAUUCAGAACUGGGGGAGAGAUGCCUGAUACCAAUUAUGUUUUUAUGACUGUCUACAAAGGUGUUUACAUUCAAGACAUUUGGCAAGACCCAAUAUGAAAAAAAGAAAACAAGUUAUGAUGAGUUCUAAUGAUGAUAAUGUGAAGCCUAAUUUGAAGCUGAAACAAAAUCCCCCAUUCCAAGAGGACAGUGGUCAUAGUAAUAGUGUGCAUGAAAUCCAAGAGGCUGAAAUUCAAGUUGCUAGAAAAUCUUUAUUGUCUUGGUAUGACCAAAAUAAACGAGAUCUGCCAUGGAGAAAUAUAUCAUCAGACAAUGUCAAUCAAAAAGCAUAUGCUGUGUGGGUAUCUGAGAUUAUGUUACAACAAACCCAAGUGGCUACUGUUAUCAACUAUUACAAUAAAUGGAUGCAAAAGUGGCCUACAUUAGAAGCUUUAGCUGCAUCAAACAUUGAGGCAAUUAAUGAAGCAUGGUCAGGUCUUGGUUACUAUUCAAGAGGAAGGAGAUUAUUUGAAGGUGCACAAAAAAUUGUAAAGGAAAUGUCUAGUCUAAUGCCUGCAACUGCAGCAGAACUUGAGAAAAAACUUCCUGGUGUUGGCCGUUAUACAGCAGCUGCUAUAGCUUCUAUUGCUUUUGGAGAAGUUACUGGCUUAGUGGAUGGUAAUGUUAUUCGUGUCAUUACCAGGUUAAGAUUAAUAGGUGCCAGCAUAAACCAACAGGAGGUCAUUGAAAAAAUCUGGUCAUUAGCUAAUCAGCUGGUUGAUCCUAAACGACCUGGUGAUUUUAACCAAUCAAUGAUGGAACUUGGAGCUGUUGUAUGCACACCUAAAACUCCAUCUUGUGGUCAAUGUCCAGUAAACAAAUUGUGUUUGGCAUAUAAGAUGGUUGAGUUUGAUAAGAGGAACUCAGCUAAACGUGUUUGUGUGAAACUGGAAGACAACAAUUCAAUUCCUGAUAUUGAGUGCUUGAUACCAAACUGCAAUUUGUGUUUACCACCAGACCAGCCAUGGGACAAAGAAUCCGGUGUUCAAAAUUUUCCUAGAAAACCAAAGAAGUCUGCUGCUAAACAGGUCGAUCUCAAUGUUGUGAUUGUUUCUGCAACUGAUACAAAACAAAGGCAAAAGUUUCUAAUUACUCAAAGACCCAAAAAAGGAUUACUGGCAGGCCUUUGGGAGUUUCCAACUAAUGAAGGAUGUGAUUCUGCUAAAGAAAUCCUGUCACAGCUUUGUAAAAAGUAUGAUUUUCAGGAAGAAGUACUGUCUGGUUUACAUUGUAUUGGAGAGGUAACUCAUUUGUUUUCUCAUGUUCAUCACCAUUACAAAGUUUGGUCUACCUCAAGCUCAGAGGAACUAGAUGUAGCAUCUCAAGAUUCAGUGCCCUGUAAAUGGCUGUCUGAAGAAGAGCUCACUGAUGCAGCUAUGUCCACAGGAAUGAGAAAAGUUUUUAAAGUGUUUAAAAACGAUCAACUGCAGUCCUCAAACCAGAAAGUAAGAAAGAGAAAAUCUGCUGGAGAUGAUGUUCCCAUUUCUCAUAAAAAAACUCAAGCAGUCAUUUCUGACUUUUUCAAAAGAAAAUAAUGUGAAUGUUGUGUAAAGAAACCUUUUGCUUAAGGCUACCUCAGAAUAAUGUUUAAAAAAAUGAGCUCAUAUCAUUCUUUUUACUACCAAAUGUGUUCAUUUCUAUUGUCCUUCAUAUACCAAAUUUGAUAUUAAAAUAUACAUUUUUAAA